GUGAAGGGCUGUCAGCGCCUGAGUCGCGGCGCCUUUCCUGCCUGCCUGUGGCGCGCAUUGCUCCCUUUCGUCCCCCAUGGCGUGCCGCCUGCUCCUCCUGCUGCUCCUCCUGGGAAGCGCGGCGGCGCAGAGGGCCUCGGACCUGGCCUCCUACUUCGGGACCAAGUCGCGCUACGAGACCAUCCACCCGCACCUGCUGGCCGACCCCUUUUCGCUGGGGCCGCCCGAACGGGGCUUCCCGCUGCCCACGGCUACCUGCGAGCCGAUCCACCUCCGCGCCCUGGUCCGCCACGGCACCCGCUUCCCUACUCGGAAGCAGAUCGAGAAGCUGGACCGCCUUCACAAGGAGCUCGUCCACCGUCGCAGCGUCGGCCCAGCCUGCCGCGCCGCCGAUAGCCUGGCCGGCUGGAAGAUGUGGUUUCGGCCCGAGAUGGACGGGCGCCUGGCCGGCAGGGGGCGCCGAGACAUGAGCGCCUUGGCCCGCCGCCUCGCCGCCCGCAUCCCCGGCCUCUUCUCCGCCCGGAACCACCUCGCCUUCGCCAGCAGCUCCAAGCCCCGCUGCCUCGACAGCGCCGCCGCCUUCCGAGAGGGGCUCCGGCAGGCCGGGCAUUCCGCCCCCGCCGACGGCAGUCUGAAAGAAAGCUUUGAAGUUAAUGACAAACUGAUGCGAUUUUUUGAUCACUGUGAAAAGUUUGUCAAAGGUGUAGAAAACAACAGCACGGCUUUGCGUGAGAUGGAUGUAUUUAAAGAUGGUCCUGAAAUGAGGUCAGUAGUGGAUAAAAUUACAAGAACCCUGUGUUUACCAGCGAAACGCCUAGAUGCAGAUUUGAUUCAGGUGGCAUUUUUUACUUGUUCCUUUGGGCUAACGAUAAAAAAUAUCAACUCCCCCUGGUGUGCACUCUUCAAUACAGAUGAUGCCAAGGUACUUGAAUAUCUGAAUGAUCUAAAGCAGUAUUGGAAGCGAGCCUACGGACAUUAUAUCAACAGCCGCUCCAGCUGCAAUCUUUUCCAGGAUAUCUUCAAGCAUUUGGACCAAGCUGUUUCGGAGAGUAAAAGCUUUACUGGAAAUGGACAGAGGCAAUGUACAGUUAAAUAUCACUGGGAUACUUGUGAAACCAAUCCCGCAAACUCCAGACAAUCUCUCCUGAUAAAGGGACAUGGCAAUGGGCAGAGUGUUGAACAAGGAGAGGAUACUUGUGCUACCAACAGUUCCAGGGCUAUAUCCUCCCCUGUGAUGCUACAGUUUGGACAUGCAGAGACCCUACUGCCGCUCCUUGCUCUGAUGGGAUACUUCAGAGAUACGGAGCCCCUUAAAGCGGACAACUACGCCAAGCAAGCAGGCCGUCAGUUUCGCAGUGGCCGCAUUGUCCCUUACGCCUCAAAUCUGUUGUUUCUGCUUUAUCACUGUGAGAAAGCCAGUUCACCAGAGGAGAAAUACAAGGUUCAAAUACUGCUCAAUGAGAGGCUGCUUGUAUUUCCACAUUCGGGGGAGACAGUUGCUUCAUAUAGCAGCCUGAAAAACCAUUACAAAGCUCUCCUUGAAAAUUGCCACUUCAAUGAAGUCUGUGCUUUGACAAAGACUGGUUAAUCAGAAAUGGGUACAUUAGGAAAAGUAUCAUGAAAAUUGUCACGUAUGGAAGUAUUUGAGGAAACGAAGUAUUACAGAGUGUCUUUCGACUUAUUCUGAAGAAUUACUGUCAACAACCUCUUAAACUGAUUGUUUUCAAUUCGAAAAGUCUACCAAAAGCAAUAACAUGUUAUAGGACAUCUUAAUAUAUUAUCUUCUGUUUCUGGAAAAGAAAAGUUGCCCUAGGCUCUAAAUGUGAAUAAUCAAAAAACGACCAUGGAGCAAAAUGACUUAUUUGCUGGAAUAAUUACUUGUGGGUGGGGCGGGUAACGACAGUAUGUUCAUACAUCACUUGUAUUAGGGGACUUUCAAUAUCCCUUUGCUAUAGAGUUGCUGAGUGAAAUCAGGGUCAGGGCUCCUGUAUUUUUGAUGGUAAUAUCUGUGGAAAUUUCCCUUUCUAAUUGUUAAAGGUAUAGGAGCCCUAUCUCUUAUUUUACCCUGCAACCCUACUCUGCUAACAUUGUGAUGUUUGUUAUUGUCAUAUGACCUACACAAAUACAUCCUGUAUACACUGGACAUUUUGAAGAUGUGGUACAAAGUUUGUACACCCAUGGUGACACUGUCUCCUGGCUGUAGCUAUUUUGUUUGUUGUAGAACACAAUUUUGAUUGUGUUCUGCAGUGCUAAUAAUGAAAACAAGUGGGCAUCACUGAAUUGAGUGCAGGUUCGAAACUUGGGUCUUGUAGAUGUUGAUAGACUGCAGGCCCUAUAAUUCCUCACCCACCGACUGUUCCAUCUAUAUUUGAUAAGCCACAGUAAUCUCCUCAGUCAUUCAGCUAAGGAGUGUCACUUUCACUGCACAUUGUGAUGUGUUGUGCUUUCACAUCACUUCUGUUGAAUCUUAUUUACACUUUAAAUAUAUUUCUAGAUGUGCUUUAAUAUGUCCAUUUGUGUGAUGAGUAUACAGAAGACUGCAUUUUUUGUUAGAAAAAGAAUAUUUAAACUAGCACCAAAAAUAAUUGACUUCAUCUUAGGCCCCAUCUACACUGACAUAUAAAAUCCAGAUUAUCUGCUUUGAACUGGAUUGUCUGGCAGUUUAGACUCAGGGCCCUUCCCCACAGCCAUAUAUCCCAGAAUAUCAAGGCAGAAAAUCCCACAUUAUCUGAGUAUGGACUCUGAUAACCCAGUUCAAAGCAGAUAUUGUGGGAUUUUCUGCUGAUAUUGUGGGAUAUAGGGCUGUUUGGAAGGGCCCUCAGGCCCCAUCUAAACUGCCAUAUAAAAUCCAGAUUAUCUGCUUGGACGUGGAUUAUAUAGCAGUGUAGACUCAUAUAAUAAGUUCAAAGCAGAUAAUGUGUAUUAUCUGCAUUGAUAAUCUGGAUUAUAUAGCAAUGUGGAAGCAGCCUUAGUCAAUCCUGUGGUUUGGUUUGUCUUUGUGUAUAGAGCCAUUCCUUGAAGCUCCAUUAGUUUGAAUCCAAAAGGUGUGUUGGACAGAGUUUGGUUAAUUUUGUGUAAUUAAGGAAGGCAUCUGUAAAUUACAAAUAAACAUCCAGAACAAGGUGGCAUCCUGAUUAUACAAUAUGGAAGUCAGAAUGCUUUUCAAGAUUAGUUAGAAGCUUAAAUUUCAUCUUCUGGGCUAUAACUUUAUUUCAAGUAUGCUCAAUCAGACCCAAGAGAGCCCUUUGAAAAGGGUUAUUUCACAAUGCAUCUUUUUCUGAUAAUGUGGAGGGUACUUCUUAAUGCCCCCUACCAAAGCUGGUUUUGACCCACUUAAAAAAACAAGCAAACUGGAAUCCCCACAAAGUGACUUGAUGUUUCAGGGAAAAACUGGCCAAAUAGCUCAGGGAGGACAUAAUGAAAAAGCCAUGUAUGUUGCUAGAGCCUUCAAAUGAGUCCUAUUGGUUGUCAGGGACAUUGUUCUUUGGAAGAAUGUAGUGCAGUGGAUUGUAACCUGUGGUUCCCCAGAUGUUUUGGCCUUCAACUCCCAGAAAUCCUAACAGCUGGUAAACUGGCUGGGAUUUCUGGGAGUUGUAGGCCAAAACACCAGGGGACCCGCUGGUUGAGAAUCACUGAUGUAGUGGUACAAGCAGUCCAGGGGUCUGCAAAAAAGCCUUGGGGCUGUCCUUUACCCACUUCUUCUAAUUCUGCUGCUUUUCAUUUUGAAAAUAACCUAAUUGGAGAAAUAAUGUUCAGGUGCAUUUGCCAAAUCAGUUAAACCAAAAAUGUUAUUUACAAACAUCAAAAGAAACAAGGAAAUUGACUAACUAUUUAUAUUUUGAGGUACUUCAUCUCUCUCGUAUGCUUCUGGAAUAUGACAUGUAUUGUGCAUACGCUACUUUCAUCUCUAUAAAGCAGUAGUUCUCAACCUGAGGUCCCCAGAUGUUUUUGGCCUAUAACUCCCAGAAAUCCAAGCCAGUUUAUGGGCUGUUAGGAUUUCUGGGAGUUGAAGGCCAAAAACAUCUGGGGACCCCAGGUUGAGAACCACUGCUAUAAAGGUAUAUUGGGUGUUUAUGAGUAGGGGGAGUCAUAUUAUCUGCUGUCAAUUCACUUUUUUGUUCUUUGAGCCUUUGUUUAAGCUGUGAUUCGACUUAUGGUUCUAGUAUACUGUCAUUUUAGUAAUAUGCCUAUUCCAACUGAUUUUUUUUUUCAGUGUAACAAAGUUCAGAAAAUGUCACAAGGCAGAGGUACUGAAAUAAUAUACCAAAAGAUCAAGCUUUCAAUCUUAUCGGUAUAAAAUAAGGAUUAUGGGACUAAUUUACUUUGUGCAUUACAUGCAGGUUAGACAUGGUCAUAUUUUCAAAACCUAAGGGACAAGUUUGUCCUAAAUAACUGCAGAAUAAAAGGCAGUGCUGAAAGACAAGAAAUGGUGGUGAACUUUUUGUUGAUCAAGUGCUUUUUCUUUAGCUGGGCUCAUAGGGCCCUUCCACACAGCCCUAUAACCCAGAAUAUCAAGGCAGAAAAAUCCCACAAUAUCUGCUUUGAACUGGGUCAAUGCUAACAUAUAUUCCAGUUCAAAGCAGAUAAUGUGGGAUUUUAUUUAGCUGUGUGGAAGGGGCUAUAGACCCUGAAUAUCCAGUUCCUUGUAUCCGAAAACUACUGUUGGAAUGACAUGUUUAUAAUUUAUUUCUGUAGGUACAGAAGCAAGAAAGUGCAAUAUGACAUUGAUGGAUAUUCUCUAGACAUUGUUCUGAUCUAAGAGUAUUUCCAUCAGUAUAGAAUUUUUUAAUAAAUGCUAAUAAAAAAAAGCUUGAGUGAUA